CACGUGACCGGCCUACGUCACGGCCUGCGCUAGGGAACUACAAGAUGGCGGAGAGUGCGGAACUGAAGCAAAUGGUGAUGAGCCUGCGGGUUUCGGAGCUGCAGGUUCUUCUGGGCUACGCCGGACGCAAUAAGCACGGGCGGAAGCACGAGCUGCUGACCAAAGCGCUGCACCUGCUGAAGGCUGGCUGCAGUCCGGCCGUGCACAUGAAGAUCAAGGAGCUGUACAGACGCCGUUUCCCUACCAAACUGCUCUCGCCGGCCGAGCUGGCACUGCAGGGGGUGCACGCACCCGCCGUCUCGCUGCCUGCCGGACUCACCCAGCUGCCGUUCGACGGACAUGCGUCACCCACCUCCCCGCUGCUGCCCAUAUCGCUCCUGGGGCCCAAGCAUGAGCUUGCCCUACCCCACCUGCCCACCUCGCUCCACCCCGUCCACCCCGAUGUCAAGCUGCAGAGGCUGCCCUUCUACGACGUGCUCGACGAACUCAUCAAGCCCACCAGCCUCGCUUCAGACAGCAGUCAGCGCUUUCAGGAAACGUGUUUUGCUUUUGCAUUAACACCACAGCAAGUCCAACAGAUCAGCAGCUCUAUGGACAUCUCGGGGACCAAAUGUGACUUCAUGGUACAAGUACAGUUAAGGUUUUGUUUAUCAGAAACCAGCUGUCCACAAGAAGACCACUUUCCUCCUAACCUCUGCGUAAAAGUCAAUGGGAAACCAUGCAAUCUUCCGGGGUACCUUCCUCCUACCAAAAAUGGAGUUGAACCAAAGCGUCCCAGCAGACCCAUCAAUAUUACCUCACUGGUCAGACUGUCCACUACUGUUCCCAACACAAUUGUAGUGUCCUGGACAUCAGAGAUCGGAAGGUGUUACUCCAUGGCCGUGUAUCUGGUGAAGCAGCAGUCAUCGACAGCACUGUUACAGAGACUCCGUGCCAAGGGCAUCAGAAACCCAGACCACUCCCGAGCUCUCAUUAAAGAAAAGCUAACUGCAGAUCCGGACAGUGAAAUUGCCACCACCAGUUUGCGAGUGUCGUUACUCUGUCCGCUGGGAAAGAUGCGGCUAAUGAUCCCGUGCAGAUCGUUGACGUGUACCCACCUGCAGUGCUUCGAUGCCACACUCUACAUCCAAAUGAACGAAAAGAAGCCCACCUGGGUGUGUCCCGUCUGUGACAAGAAAGCACCAUACGAACACCUCAUCAUCGACGGGUUGUUUAUGGAGAUCCUGAACAGCUGUGUAGACUGUGAUGAGAUUCAGUUUAAGGAAGAUGGCACUUGGGCCCCCAUGAGGUCGAAAAAGGAAGUGCAGGAGGUUUCUGCUACAUACAACGGCGUCGAGGGUGGGUGUCAACCAUCAGCACCCGAGCAGAAAUCCAGUUCUCACACAAACGGCAGUGGCAGUAAGAAAGUGGAGGUGAUCGACCUGACUCUGGACAGCUCUUCUGAGGAGGAGGAGGAGGAGGAAGAACCUCCUGUAAAGGGAAACUGCCCCUCUCUCUCACCAGUAUCACCACAGAUGAACAAGGGAGUGUUGAAUUUGUGUACUCAGGCGUCUCCUGCGAGUCGAACCCCCAGCAUGCCACAAGUGGAGACCAACUACAUCCCCCCUCCUCCACCGCUAAUACAGGAUUACCGCCACUAUUAUCCUACACCCAGCGAUCUCUCAGAUCUGAACUUUUUCUCGUUUUUACAAGGCGAGAAUCAUCAGCACUAUAAUAUGGUGAUGGCGGCAGCGGCGGCCGCCUCAGCCCCCGAGGAUCCUGACCUCCUGUUGAACCGUUUCCUGCCGUACAGCUCCUCUCAGCUCUUCCUGGACCCUCCUGGAACACCGGUGAGUAGCAGCGCCAGCGCGGUUCACGCCGCUCUGAACGUCAAUCGCAGCAACAGCAACAGCUCCAGCAGCAGCAGCCUACCCACAAUCCCCCGCUCCGGAUCAGAUAUCUACAGCUCCAUCCCUGACAUCAUCUCUCUAGACUGAUCCGCAGUGUCCCGCUCAGAACAGACUCCAUACAUUUGGUGUUGGGAGAAAAGCAAAAAAAAAAGAAAAAAAAGUAAAGAAGAAGCCAGAAAAGAAGAAAUCGAGGUGUUGAGGUUUUUUUUGUGUUUUUUUUCCUAAACGAUGAACGUUUGCUAUGUACAGAGAACAAAUAUAUUUUCAGUUUUACUUUUUGUAUAUAUAUAAACUCGAAAGACUUUUGUUUCCUAUUAUGCGAAAUAACUAAAGGUUUGGUUUUCUUCCAUGGAAAAAAAAAAAAAGAGACUUUUUUUUUUUCUUUUCAUCAGAGACUGUCUUGUCCCCCACCCCCCACCCCCCCUGAUUAUACUGUUAUAAUAUUUUAUAUCUUUAUUGGUCUUUUGCUACAUUAUAUUUAGUGUCUUUUCUGAUUCCACGUCAAAGGUGUUCCCCUCCUACACAGGGACAUCGCGGCGUGUUUGCCUGUCCCCCGUCCACAUGGACACUCCAGAUGGACAGAGACACGCUUCUGUAGUGCUGCCAGUGUUUCUCAGCUUGCAGAUGGUUUUGUAAUACUUUUAAAUUAUAUGAAGUAUGUGAACUGUUAAGCAUUUCUUUAUCUUCAGGAAUGUGCCGUCUCCUGCCAUCGCUUUUUUUUUUUUCUUUCUCCUCUUCGUAAUUAUAUUACAUUUAUUUAUAAUUAAGAGCAGACCCCCGUCGCUCUGAUUGUACUGUCAUCUGUGUAGUUUGUGCUAAAUCACUUUUUAUAUUUCAGACCACUUUUUUUGCACAAUGCCAAAAGCGAUGCCACAGAAAAUCUUUCUUUCUUGCUUUCUGUUUUCUUUCUUUCUUUCUUUCUUUCUUUCUUUCUUUCUUUCUUUCUUUCUUUCUGCAUUUUGAACUAUUUCUAAUGCAAAAUUUGCCACAUUUCUGUCUAACACACACAGUUCUGUUUCACUCUGCUGAUUUGUGUGUGUGUGUGUGUGUGUGUGUGUGUGUGUGUGUGUGUGUCAGUGAACUCCUAUCUAUGUGAGAAGCUUUAUAUACAGCCUUAUAAUAAACUCUGCUCCUUCAUCUCAUGACCUUGGAAUCGAACAAAUUGCGUAGAAAUUUGUGUCCGGAAUAAAUCUGCUCGUAAUAACACAGAAACCUCCAACUCACCCAACUGAGGCUAAAAUUGGGAAUUUUAUUUAAGCUUUGUUGUUCAUAAACAUAGCAAUAUACACUCUAAUAACCCCCUACACUUUGAGGAUAGAAACAGUAACAUUUCGUGUACCUUGUGGGCCUUUUUUUUUCGUAUAACUUUAU